CAAAGCGAUCAGCAGCAGCGACGGCAAGAACUGCCAAGUGUUUAUCUGCAACAGCUGGAAGCGGUAACGGAGGCUACAAAGGCUUUUGAAGUUGAGUCGACACCAGUGGAGGCGUUGUUACGCGAAGUUGAGCCUGAACUAGUGACGAAAAGAAGCAUCCUGAAAAAUUCCAAAAUUCAAAGCUCACCGGUAUUUCUCAAGUCUUCUGUGUCAGUUUUCUCGGAAGCAAACAAAUAUGUGCAUAGCAAUCGUGUGACUUUUGCGGAUCCCCUUGUUUCGAGCAUUUUUUCGAUUCCAGCAAUAAUUCCGGAGGAACAGCAGAUAGCGACACCAGCAGCACAACAAGCUGGUUAA